AUGAGUUUACACAAGGCCAGAAUAAAAGCCUUUGAAGAGAUCCUUGAGGAAGAUGUGAUUGACAUGAACCACCUUCAAAAACUGGCUUUCAAUGGUAUCCCUGAAGACAAAGGCUUGCGUGCUCUAGUGUGGAGAAUUUUGUUACACUACUUGCCUCAAGAGAAGAAUAUCAGAGAUGGAACAUUGAUGAAGAAGAGACAGCUCUAUAAACAGUUUAUAGAUGAAAUUAUAGCGGCUCCCGGAUGCGCCGGUGGCACCGACCAUCCCUUAAACAUCAGCCCUGACAGCACUUGGAGCACCUACUUCAAAGAUAAUGAAGUGUUGUUGCAGAUCGACAAAGAUGUCCGCAGACUCUGCCCUGACAUCUCGUUUUUCCAGUCUGCUACUGAAUUUCCUUGUGAAGAGGUUGUUAACAGCAAUGGAGUGAAACGACUGCACAGGCGAGUGGAAACUUCUGUUCUCAAAUAUUCCACAUUGGAGAGGCGAGGUCUUGGUGUUGCUAAGCUAAGCAACGAAAUUCGUCGAUCUGAUAGCCUCUCGUGUGGAGACUACGCGCCGCUGCACGAAGGUUGCGAGGCGCACUGGGAAGUGGUGGAGCGUAUGCUGUUCCUUUACGCGAAGCUUAACCCCGGACAGGGCUACGUACAGGGCAUGAAUGAAAUCAUUGGCCCUAUAUACCACACCUUUGCCUGUGACUCUAAUAAGGAAUAUAGGCAGCAUGCAGAAGCAGACUGCUUUUUUUGCUUCACGAACUUAAUGGCGGAGAUACGAGACUUCUUCAUCCGGACACUAGACGAGGCUGAAAGUGGAAUUAACUACAUGAUGACCAAACUAAGCGACUGUGUGAAAAGACACGACGUCGCCGUAUGGAAUCAACUCGAGAAGCUCGAGUUACGACCUCAGUACUACAGCUUCAGAUGGCUGACACUGCUGCUCUCUCAAGAAUUUUCUCUACCGGACGUCGAGAGGAUCUGGGACUCUCUGUUCGCCGAUGGGCAGCGGUUCAACUUCCUCAUUUACGUGUGCUGUGCCAUGAUAUUAUUGAUGAGAGAAAACCUGCUGAGCGGCGACUUCGCGGCUAAUGUCAAAUUACUUCAGAACUUCCCACCGAUGGACGUCUCAUUAAUCCUCAACAAGGCUCUAGAACUAUCUAAUAGUUAAUCUUUUUGAAUAUUUUUUGUACAAAUAAUUUUAUACAGUAAGUUUUUUAAGGUAAGAAGCAUUUAAAAUAAUUUUUUACUAUUGUGUGUUUAUGUACAAUUUUAUAACAUAGGUACAUUUUAGAUCGAAUAUAUUCGUGUUUUAGAGAGGUAAUAGAACAUUCCUUCGCAUUCUUUCGGGACUAAGUUUAUAUAAUGAUCAUAAUUAUAAUAUUACAUGAAAUAUUUCAAAAUUCAUAUUCGUACGUAAUUUUAUGAAUCGAUUGCAGUUUUCUAGUUUAUAAUAACACAUCGAUCAUUAAGAUAUUUGGAUUGUAGUAGCAAUAAUAUCAAGUGUAAGUUAGUGCUACAAUUGCAAGUUGCAUUUUAUAAUUCCUUCAUUGUUGGCCAUAUUUAGUUACCAUUAUACAAUAUACAGACCACAGCACAUCCAGCGUAAAUAAGUACACGGCUGAUUUACUAGCCGUUGUGCGAAUGGAAAACUGUGCGUACGCAGUGUUGGGUUAACGGGGAAGGCAGGUAUAGUAGCACUUGUGUGCCAUUUUGCACAGACCAUCCGCGAAUGGUACUCGCGCAUGCUUAACGUUGCCCAAUGUAUUGCACGACAUUGUCAAGGCUCAUCCUAAUGUUUUCCAAAUGACACACAUAAAGCUGGGUACUCACUAGCGAGCUGUAACUGUUGCAUGUUAUGUUACCAAAAAUCAUAGUGUGUACGUGGUAUGCGAACUUUAUUUAUAACCAGGUACUCAUUCUAUCAAAUGAAGAUUAUUUCAUGCGUACACACUAGAACCUCGUUACUGUAUCUGUCACGUUACAGUUACACAGUUAUAUAGCUAAUGAGUACCCGGCUUUACUAUGAUGUGUAAUUGACAUAACAAAUCCAGAGUGAAAAAACCAAUUACUUUCGUAUGUUUUAUUUAUACAUGCGAUAUUGUACCAAUCUUUUUACAAUUAAUUAUUAAGUCAAUGAAAUCAGUUGACAAUAUUAUACUUAUGGAAAUAUUUUGCUUAAAAAUAUUUUUAUUAUAUAAAGUAAUAAACUCUUGUACUUUGCGGAAAGAUUUCUAGAAAAUACAACCAAAACUUAAUGUAUUGUUUCACUUCUACGGUAUAUUCCAACCUAC